UUCCGGUGACCAUGUGACUGGAUCGAGGAGGAUGUGGGGAUUAGAGAUGGAGGUAUAAAAGUGCAGAGACAGACAACACACAUCGCAAAUUCAAGGCAAAAGCAAGAAGCAGCCCGGAGCAGAGAUCAGCAGCGGCCUCUUGGGAUAUCUGUGACAACAGACACCUUCAGCAGAAAUGAACGCCAGCCCCCCUGCAGGAAGCGCCCUGGCCCCCGGCGGAGCCACCGGCCCCACUACGCCCAAGAAGGGCCCACCCAAGUUCAAGCAGAGGCAGACUCGUACAUUCAAGAGCAAGGCUCCCAAACCAGGCCAGAAGGGUUUCGGUGACGAUAUCCCUGGCAUGGAGGGUCUUGGCACAGACAUCACAGUGGUGUGCCCAUGGGAAGCCUUCGGCGACAUGGAACUCAGCGACUUGGCCAAAUACGGCAUCAUCUAAACCUGCUGCCUCCUGCCUUCCCCGCCUGCUGCACCUCUCUCCCUCUAAUCCUCUCCACCUCAGCUUGGCAUGCCGUGAUAAGGCUGUCAGCAAACCCACUAAUGCCCUCUCGUCUGUCUACCUCAGGCUGUCCUCCACUAAGUGGACGGAAAGCAUAAUCAUGCUCUUAUUUUUAUGCUAUUAUUAUUAUUAUGAUUAUUAUAAUACUGUUUACAGUAUCUAUACUUGAAACGAGAAGACGAGAAACCAUCUCCACCUCCCCUCUCCCUCCCUCCCCCUCGCCACUCCUCACCCACGGCAAUGGACGCAAGCAAAACACUGGUUAAUACUAGCUUGGAUUUGCUUCUAGCUGUCUGUUAAAUUGUAAAUAAUUUGUUUGCAGUGUUGAACCUUUUUACCUUGUCUUCCAUCUUACCUUUUGUACAUCCUCCCUCUUUUAUUCUCCACUGUAUUUUCUACUCCUUGUCUGCAAGGCUGUUGUAAACACCAAGGGAUGUAAGGAGAGCGUGCACUGCGUUGUAAUGGUGAAAGCUUCGAUGCACUUUGGUAUGAUCACGGAGAAGGAACUCCCUUUUAUCCCAUCUGUCUCUCUCUCUCUCUCUCUCUCCUUGCUGCUAUUUGAACCUGAGUCCCUCCUUAGAGAAAACAAAGGCUGAUGUGUUUUGUGUUUGCAGCACGGAACGCAGCAAAUGUACUGUGAGCUGGUUUGUCCUGAUAGCUGCAGUAAAAUGUGUUUAUUUUUAGUA